AUGUCAUCCGAGUGGCGCCUGGGACUGACCCUCUAGAAGUUUUGUGAGAUUUCUUGCUCCUACUUGCAGAUGUCGGAAAGGUAGACCGCCAGCAGCGGAAGACUGCGCAGCAUGGCGAUGAAAUGGCUUCGAGCGGCCAAGCCCAGUGUGCACUCCAGCAAGAGCCUCACGGCGCUGGACGAGCCGCAUGCAUUGGCAGAGGCAAUGAGCCAUGCGGCUCUCAUCAUGAACGAUGAGGUCGAGAAAGCAGAAGUUGAGCUGAGCAAAGGCACCAGUCCUUUCCAUAAGCUGGGAACGGCGACAACGUUGUUCUUGCGAGCGACUCUAGGGUUCGAAAAGGAGAUUAUGGAGCAGGCAGCAUUGCGACUUGCAGACGCGGAAGAGGCAGCCAGCGAACACCAAAGACGUGCACUACGAGAUCCUUCGACAGCCCACGAGAGCAAAAUCUAUCCGCGAGGUUCUGAGUAUGCGCUCUGCCAUGCCGAGACGCAACUCAUGGCGGCAGUGGUUGCGGUACUGAACGAGAGCUUGACAGAGUCUUUAAGAGGGUUCUACAGAUUGCGAAAGGCAUUCACCACACUCUCAGAGAUCAUUGAGGCGGAGAAUCGAUACGUGGAGAAGUAUCACUCUGGGUCGACAUCAUCUUUGUCCAGUGCGAGCGUGGAUAAAGCUUCGGAAGCAGAGACAUCAGGCACAUCAUCUGGAGUGUUAACACCUGUGGAAAAGACAGAGGAUGAGGACGAGUUCAAAGAUGCUGUGGAGAGUGCUUCGGAACAGCCAACACCUAUGGAAUAUCAGGGGAAGCUUGAAUAUCCUGAUGUGGACCAGCUGAACCUGCAGGACAAACCGCAAACACUGGAGAAAGACACGGCUGGUAACGGAUCUGGGACAGCCAAUGGUGCAGCCGGUGAUGGGCCACCAGCAUAUGAAUCGUCCAGCUCGAAACGGCAGCCUGACACCGAGGUCGACGGUUUCGACUUCAGAGCCAUCAUGGACGAUCCAAUAGAUCACUUUAUACACUCGGGAGCCGCGAUGUGCUUUGGACUGCUACAGCUCCUGCUUUCCAUGAUACCUCCGGCCUUUGGGAAGAUCCUUUCGAUCUUCUCUUUUCGUGGAGAUCGCGAGGCGGGCAUGCGCCUGCUCUGGAGAGCUACGGCAUUCAAGAACAACAUCAAUGGUGCCAUGGCUGGCCUGGUCCUCCUGCCUUUCCACAACGCCGCCAUUGCGCUGUGCGACAUUCACAGGAAAGAGUCAUAUCCCAAAGAGAGGCUUCAUGGUCUUUUGAAGGAGAUGCGCACUCUCUAUCCACGGUCCAUCAUGUGGGUCUUAGAGGAAUCGCGAAUGCAUGGCGUGGAACGGAACCUGGAAGAAGCAGUGGAUAUCCUCACUCGCGAUGCUAAAACUUCAUCGUUGAAGCAGAUGGAAGCUCUUCGCGUCUUUGAGACCAGCAUGGCUUUAAUGUUCCUGCACCGGUACGAGGAAUGCGCUGCGGCAUUUCAGAAGUGCGUACAUCUCAAUAACUGGAGUCAUGGACUUUACUACUACAUUGCUGGUUCCUGUUUCGUGGAGCUGUACAGACAAUGUCAGCACACAGAUCCGAAGCUUGCAGAGACGUACCGAGAUAAGGCCAAGCAUCUCCUCGGCCAGGUCGCGAGUAAUACGGGCAAGAAAAAAUUCAUGGCACGACAGUUACCAUUGGACGUGUACAUCAAUCGCAAACUUGUGAAGUGGCAGCAUCGGGCCAAGACUCGCGACUGCGAUCUUAUCGAUGCAAUUGGCGUGUCUCCACUCGAGGAGAUGAUCUACUUCUGGAACGGCUACAAGCGCAUGAGUCCGGCGCAUUUGCAAGAGUCCAUGGCUCGGCUGGCCUGGUCGCGUGACCAACCGACUUGGCCUGGCGAAGCUGUGGACGAGAAAGCCAUCUGUGCAGUGUUGCAAGCAACUGUAUUGAGGAAUCUUGGAAAGACCGAGGAGGCCAAAACGAUGCUCGGUGAGCAUGUAUUCUGUUACGAGCCGCACCAGAUCACUGCAUGCGAUCAAGCGGACAAUUGGCCUUUGCCUGUAGCACACUAUGAGCUCUCCGUUUGCCACUGGAACGAGGCGGGAGGUCAAGACGGCGAUGUUGCAAAGCUCAAGCUGUGCAGUGACGAGCUUGCGAAGGUGGAAAGAUGGGGAAGCUUUGAGCUUGAUGCGAGAGUCGGAUUGAAGCUGACCACCGCUCGACAAACGUUGACGCAGACUGGUAUCAAUUGAGCCACUGUUCGAUUGCUGCAUUUAUAUAAACAUAGACACUUGCAUAGCAGUCGCGCAGGAGCUGUUUUGACAAUCCAUGUCCG